UCCAAUGGAACUCAACCAUCUGUGACUUCCUCCUUCACACAGCUUCUUCUUCUUCUUCUUCUUCGUUUCUCUUCUCGUAACCCUAACCCUAACCCUAACCCUAAAAUACUCAUCAAUGGCGUCCAAGCUCCCUCUCUCCUCCUCCUUCACUCCAAAAUGCCCACUCACACCUCACCUCCCUCCCCGUUCCUCCACCUCCUCCUCUGUUCGCGUUCUCUGCUCCCAUUCCUCCAAACCCUCGCUCCUUACCCUCCUCGAUUUCAUCCCCAAUUGGUCUGACGAAGUCCAGGAGCGUGGCCUGCGCCGACGGCGCAACCUCUACACCCCCGACGACUGGCGCGCGCACCGGAGCUCCCGCCGCCACCUCCGCCACCUCAUUUCCAGCCUCAGCUCCCGUGUCAUCCUCUCCCUUGUCCCUCCCGUCCUCUCUUUUACUGCCAUCGCCGCUGCUCUGGCCGCUUAUAAUUCCGCCGUCGCGGCUGGCUGGCUUCCGGCGUGGUUCCCAUUGCUGCAUGCUUCGUCGCUGCCGUACCAGCUGACGGCGCCAGCUCUUGCCCUGCUGCUUGUUUUCCGGACGGAGGCCUCUUACGCGAGGUUCCAGGAAGGGAGGAACGCGUGGAUGAAGGUAAUGGCCGGGGCCGAUGAGCUUGCCGGGAUGGUGAUCUCUAUGGGUGCGAGAGAUGGUGGGGUUGAUGCCGGGCUUCGGAGGGCUCUCUUGAAUUAUAUCAUGGCGUUUCCUGUGGCUCUCAAGUGUCAUGUUGUUAACAGCUCUGAUGUCAAAGCUGAUCUCCAGAAUUGUCUUGAAGAGGAUGAUCUAGCAAUUGUUGUGAGAUCAAAGCAUCGCCCUCGCUGUAUCGUUGAGUUUAUUUUACAAAGCCUUGAGAUUAUGCAUUUGGAAGAAGCAAAAUGGCAGAUCCUGGAAUCAAAGCUCCAUUCCUUUCAUGAAGGUAUAGGUGUUUGUGAUCAGAUCAUGGGUAUUCCGAUUCCUCUAUCUUAUACUCGGUUGACAUCAAGAUUUCUUGUCCUAUGGCAUCUUUCACUUCCUGUUAUACUUUGGGACGACUGCAAUUGGAUUGUUGUUCCUGCCACAUUCAUUAGCGCUGCCUCCUUGUUCUGUAUCGAAGAAGUCGGUGUUCUCAUCGAGGAGCCAUUCCCUAUGCUUGCACUCGACGAACAAUGCAAACAACUUCACGACCGCAUCAAAGAGUCCAUGGCAAUGGAGAAAUUGAUUCAUAAGCAAAUUCUCACCAAGAUGGACCGCCAUUUAGAUGAGCGCCAAGUCAAUGGCUGGCCACAUUUAUAGUCAAAAACAGAGAACCACCUCUACUAUGUAGUAAAAGAUAAAUAUGCAGAGAUCAACCAUAUCUAACAAAUCAGAGUAUCACCAGAGAUUACAUGCUAUUAAUGCAUGAAGAAAGACUGGCUUCUGAUUCACUGCAAAGAAGUUACAAGCUGAGAAUCUUGAGAUAGUGUACAAACAAAGAUACAGAUACAGAUGCAGACACAGAGGGAGAGAGAGACCAUGAAUGAAAUGUAUGGAUUGCACUUCAAUUGUCAGGUUAGAGAUCUCAUGAAAUCAGGUCUCAUUGAAUGUGCUAUAUGGUUUGGUCUCCUCUUUUGUGUUGGUUUUGAUACAUAUAACACAAGUGAUAAGGAGGAGAAGAGUAAGGAAUGCAGGGAUGGAUUUGGAGUGUACAAGAAGGUUAUUGAGUUUGUCGGCUUCGUAUUUUUCGUCGCUUUGUUCUGUUUGUUUAAAGAAUCGAUUUUAAUCGACUAGUUAUCGUAUGCUUUUUAGAUCCUUGAUCUGGUUCAAAUAUAGGCUGAGUUCAUUUAUGCCUGAGCCUAGAGCUUUUA